AUUAACCCGUUUUCCGCUCUUCUCUCUCCCCGCAGCCCAAGCUCCGCCCCCCCGAGGCUCCGCCCCCUCCAAGGCUCCACCCACCGCCUCGCUGCCUCUUAAAGGGCCCGCGCCCCCGUUCCAAGAUGGCCGACCCCAUCAUGGACCUCUUCGACGACCCCGCCCUGUUUGACCUUGACCCCUUGACCGACGACACCUUCGCCCCUCCCCCCCCGGCCCCCCCGCCCCCCCCCGAGCCCCAAAACCCCCCGAAUUCCCCCCAGAACCCGCCGGCCCCUCCCCCGCCCGAGCCCUCCCCCCUCAGCCAAGGGAACCCCUUCAUGGGCGUGGCCGCCGCGCUGCCCCUCCCCCCCGCCACCUCAGCGGCCCCGCCCCCGCCCAAAAUCGUCAUCCUCAAAGCCCCGCCCCCGGGGGGCGGGGCAGCGGCCAGCGGGAACCAAUCGGGCGCCGGGAAGGCGCCGCUGGCCAAAGUUCUGCCCGGCAACGCCCAGAUCCGCCCCGUGGCGGCCACGCCCAGUCCCGGGGGCGGGGCCGCGGGGGCCACGCCCACCCCGGCGGCCGCCCUGCAGCGAUUGGUCGGGCCCGGCCGCGCCGUGAAGCAAUUGGUGCUGCAGCCCGUGAAGGCGGGAGGAGGGGGCGGGGCUGCGGGCAAGGGGGGCGUGGCCUUGGCGCCUCAGCAGGCCGACUCGAAGCGCAUCACCCUGGUCCUGCAGCAGCCCGCGGGGGGCGGGGCCAGCGCAGGCUCCGCCCCCGGCCCCGCCCAGCGCCACGUGGUCCUGGGGGGGCUGCCCGGCAAGAUCGUGCUGCAGGGCCACCAAUUGGCCGCCCUCGGCCAAUCAAAGGCCGCCCCCGGGCAGGCCAAGGUGGUCACCAUCCAAUUGCAGGUGCAGCCGCCCCCGGGCGCUCCCCAGGGGGCGGGGCCCAAGGUGCAGGUGCUCCAAUCAGCGCCCGCGGGGGGCGGGGCCCCGGCCGUGGGCGUGGCCUCGGUGGUGGGGCCGGGACAGAGGGUGACGGUGCCGCUCAAGGUGGUGCUGCAGCCGCAGGCCGGCUCGUCGCAGGUGUCGUCCCCGGGGCUGUCGGUGGUGAAGGUGCUGACGUCCCCCGACGGCGCCGCGCUGGCGCCCCCCGCCCGCCCCCCCGCCCCCCGCGGCCCCUCGGAGGAGACGCGCAAGCUGGACCACCAGAAGAAGCAGGAGAAGGCCAACCGCAUCGUGGCCGAGGCCAUCGCGCGCGCCCGCGCCCGCGGCGAGCAGAACAUCCCGCGCGUGCUCAACGAGGACGAGCUGCCCCACGUGCGGCCCGAGGACGACGCCGAGCGCCGGCGGCGCCGCAAGGGAGAGCACCGCGCCGCGCCGGGCAAGGAGGAGAAGGCGCGCAAGGGCAAGGGCCAGGGGAGGAGCAAGGGCAGGAGCAAGCCCAGCACCAUCACGCCGGUGGUCGGCAAGAAGCGCAAGCGCAACGCCUCCUCCGACACCUCGGACGCCGAGCUGCUCCCGGCGCCAUCACCGCGCCAGGAGGAGGAGACCAGCGUCCAGAAGCGCCGCUCCAACCGGCAGGUGAAGCGCAAGAAAUACACGGAGGACCUGGACAUCAAGAUCACGGACGACGAGGAGGACGAGGAGCUGGACGUGACCGGGCCCGUGCGGGCCGAGCCGCCGCCGCCGCCGCCCGAGCACGAGGGCGAGACGCUGCCCUCCAUGCAGUUCUUUGUGGAGAACCCCAGCGAGGAGGACGCGGCCAUUGUGGACAAGGUCCUGGCCAUGCGGGUGGUGAAGAAGGAGCUCCCGUCGGGUCAGUUCACCGAAUCCGAGGAGUUUUUCGUCAAAUAUAAAAAUUACUCGUACCUGCACUGCGAAUGGGCCACCAUCGCCCAGCUGGAGAAGGACAAGAGGAUCCACCAGAAACUCAAGCGUUUCAAGACCAAAAUGACCCAAAUGCGGCAUUUUUUCCACGAGGACGAGGAGCCGUUCAACCCCGACUACGUGGAGGUCGAUCGCAUCCUGGACGAGUCGCACGGUGUCGAUAAGGACAACGGCGAGCCCGUGGUGUACUACCUGGUGAAGUGGUGCUCGCUGCCCUACGAGGACAGCACGUGGGAGCUGCAGGAGGACGUGGACGAGGCCAAGAUCGCCGAGUUCCGCCGCAUCCAAGCGCGCCGCCCGGAGCCCAAGCGCCUGCCGCGGCCGCAGGCCGGAGCCUGGAGCAAGCUGGAGGCGUCGCGCCAGUACAAGAACCACAACCGGCUGCGCGAGUACCAGCUGGAGGGCGUCAACUGGCUGCUCUUCAACUGGUACAACAGGCAGAACUGCAUCCUGGCGGACGAGAUGGGGCUGGGCAAGACCAUCCAGUCCAUCGCGUUCCUGCAGGAGGUGCACGGCGCCGGCCUGCGCGGGCCCUUCCUGGUCAUCGCGCCGCUCUCCACCAUCGCCAACUGGGAGCGCGAGUUCAACACCUGGACGCCCAUGAACUGCAUCGUGUACCACGGCAGCCUGGCCUCGCGCCAGAUGAUCCAGCAGUACGAGAUGUACUGCAAGGACGCGCGGGGCCGCCUGAUCCCCGGCGCCUACAAGUUCGACGCGCUGAUCACGACGUUCGAGAUGAUCCUUUCGGACUGCCCGGAGCUGCGGGAGAUCGAGUGGCGCUGCGUCAUCAUCGACGAGGCCCACCGCCUCAAGAACCGCAACUGCAAGCUGCUCGACAGCCUCAAGCACAUGGACCUGGAGCACAAGGUCCUCCUGACGGGCACCCCGCUGCAGAACACGGUGGAGGAGCUCUUCAGCCUCCUCCACUUCCUGGAGCCGUCGCAGUUCCCGUCCGAGGCCGAGUUCCUCAAGGACUUCGGGGACCUCAAGACCGAGGAGCAGGUCCAGAAGCUCCAGGCCAUCCUGAAGCCCAUGAUGCUCCGGCGCCUGAAGGAGGACGUGGAGAAGAACCUGGCGCCCAAGCAAGAGACCAUCAUCGAGGUGGAGCUGACCAACAUCCAGAAGAAGUACUACCGCGCCAUCUUGGAGAAGAACUUCUCCUUCCUGUCCAAGGGCGCCGGGCACACCAACAUGCCCAACCUGCUCAACACCAUGAUGGAGCUGCGCAAGUGCUGCAACCACCCCUACCUCAUCAACGGCGCCGAGGAGAAGAUCCUGUCCGAGUUCCGCGACUCGUGUCCCCACCACGUGCCCCCCGACUUCCACCUGCAGGCCAUGGUCCGCUCGGCCGGCAAGCUGGUCCUCAUCGACAAGCUCCUCCCCAAACUCAAGGCCGGCGGCCAUAAGGUCCUCAUCUUCUCCCAGAUGGUGCGCUGCCUGGACAUCCUGGAGGACUACCUCAUCCAGAAGAGGUACCUGUACGAGCGCAUCGACGGGCGCGUGCGCGGCAACCUGCGGCAGGCCGCCAUCGACCGCUUCAGCAAGGCGGACUCGGACCGCUUCGUGUUCCUGCUGUGCACGCGCGCCGGGGGGCUGGGCAUCAACCUCACGGCCGCCGACACCUGCAUCAUCUUCGACUCCGACUGGAACCCCCAGAACGACCUGCAGGCGCAGGCGCGCUGCCACCGCAUCGGGCAGAGCAAGGCGGUCAAGGUCUACCGGCUCAUCACCCGCAACUCGUACGAGCGCGAGAUGUUCGACAAGGCCAGCCUGAAGCUGGGCCUGGACAAGGCCGUGCUGCAGUCCAUGAGCGGCCGCGAGGGCAACAUCGCGGGGAUCCAGCAGUUCUCCAAGAAGGAGAUCGAGGACCUGCUGCGCAAAGGCGCCUACGCCGCCAUCAUGGACGAGGACGACGAGGGCGCCAAGUUCUGCGAGGAGGACAUCGACCAGAUCCUGCUGCGCCGCACCACCACCAUCACCAUCGAGAGCGAGGGCAAGGGCUCCACCUUCGCCAAGGCCAGCUUCGUGGCGUCGGAGAACCGCAGCGACAUCGCGCUGGACGACCCCAACUUCUGGCAGAAGUGGGCCAAGAAGGCCGACCUGGACUUGGACAUGCUCAACAGCAAGAACACGCUGGUGAUCGACACGCCGCGCGUGCGCAAGCAGACGCGCCACUUCAGCACCCUGCGCGACGACGACCUGGUGGAGUUCUCGGACCUGGACAGCGAGGACGAGGAGAAGCCGCGCGCGCGCCGGCAGCCGGUCCUGCAGCAGCCCUACGGGCGGACCGACUGCUUCCGCGUCGAGAAGCACCUGCUGGUCUACGGGUGGGGCCGCUGGCGGGAGAUCCUGUCGCACGGGCGCUUCAAGCGGCGCCUGUCGGAGCGCGACGUGGAGAGCGUCUGCAGGGCCAUCCUGGUGUUCUGCCUGCUGCACUACCGCGGCGACCCCGGCGUCAAGAGCUUCAUCUGGGACCUCAUCAGCCCGCCCGAGAACGGCCGCGCGCGCCACCUGCUCAACCACGCCGGCCUGCCGUCGCCGGUGCCGCGCGGGCGCAAGGGCCGCCGCCUGAAGGCGCAGGGCGCGCUGGACGCGCACAAGGCCGAGUGGGUGCGGCGCUACAACCCGGACGCGCUGUUCCAGGACGACGGCUACAAGAAGCACCUCAAGCACCACUGCAACAAGGUGCUGCUGCGCGUGCGCCUGCUGUCCUUCCUGCGCCAGGAGCUGCUGGGGGACCAGGCCCACAAGGUCCUGGCCGGCGCCGCCGCCACCGAGAUCGCGCUGCCGCUGCCGGCGCUGGAGCCGCCGGAGCCGCCCACGGCCUGGUGGGACGCCGAGGCCGACAAGUCGCUGCUCAUCGGCGUCUUCAAGCACGGCUACGAGCGCUACCACACCAUGCGCGCCGACCCGGCGCUCUGCUUCCUGGAGAAGGCCGGCCGGCCCGACGACACCGCCAUCAUGGCCGAGCAGCGGCUGGACGGCGCCGAGGGGGCGGAUUUCGAGAAGGACGGCGAGGACCCCGAGUACAAACCGCUCAGCGCCGGCGCCGACGAGGGGGACCCGUUGAUGAUGCUGGAUGAGGAGAUUUCGGUGACGGACGGAGAUGAAGGCCCGCCCCCCCCGGGCUGCCCCCCCCCGGCAUGGCCGCCGGCCUCGGUGCUCACGGGCCGCCUGCGGCGCCUCAUCGGGGCCUGUCAGCGCCGGGGCCCCCCCCGCGACGGCCCCGCCCCCAACCCCCAGCCCCACCGCGGGGGGACCCCGGCGUCCGGGCCGGGGGGGGGCGGGGACGGCGAGCGGCGGCGCCGGCCGCGUCCCGCAGGGGGCGCCGCGCGGGAGCUGGCGCGCAGGGAGCGGCUGCAGAGGUGGACGCGCCGCGAACAGGCCGAUUUCUACCGCGUGGCCUCCACGUUCGGGGUGGAGUUCGACCCCGACGCCGGGCGCUUCCGCUGGGGCCGAUUCCGCAUCAUGGCCGGGCUGGACAAGAAGACGGACGAGAACCUCACCAAGUUCUACCACGCCUUCGUCGCCAUGUGCCGGCAGGUCUGCCGCCUCCCGCCCGCGCCCGGAGACGAGCCUCCGGACCCCACGGUGCCCGUGUGGCCCAUCUCGGCCACGCGCGCCUCGCGGGGCCUGCGCCGCCUGUCGCUGCUGCGCCUGCUGCGCGAGCAGGUCCUGCGCCACCCGCUGCUCCCGGCGCGCCUGGCCACGCUGUGCCCGCCCCCGGGCCCCGACCUGCCCCCCUGGUGGCAACGCGGCCACCACGACGGCGAGCUGCUCCGCGGGGCCGCGCGCCACGGCCUGGGCCAGCCCGAGGCGGCCAUCUUGGGCGACCCCGACUUCUCCUUCGCCGUGGCGCGCUGGAGGUACCUGCACGGGGGGGGCGGCGGGGGGGGGGACGCCCCGCCCCCGCAGCACCUCCUGGGGCGCCCCGCCCCCGCCGCCGCCGUCAUGGCCGCCGAGGACGACGAGUCGGACGGGGACGAGAAGGCGUCAGCGUCCGCGAGCGAGUCGUCGUCGGGGGACGAGGAGAGCGAGGAGGACAGGGGUGCGGAACGUUCCGGUGGGGCCGAGGAGGAAGAGGAGGAGGAGGAAGAGGAAGAUGACGAGGAGGAGGAAGAGGAGGAGGAAGAAGAGGCCCCUCAACAUUGUGGGGAGGGGGCGCCCCCCCCAGGGCCCCCCCUGGGUCCCCCCUCAGCCCCCCGAAACCUCCAUGAAUGGCCCAAGGAACGCGCCCUGAUCCGGCGCCUGGAGCUGAUCUGCCGCGCCGUCCUCUCGGGCGAGAGACCCCCCGACAGUUUCGGGGGCGCUCCCCCCCCUCCCCCACACGCCGGGGGGUGCGGGGGUGGGGGGGGUUUCCCCAAAACCCAGCACGACCCCCCCCCGUUGAGCCGCCUGCGCCACGAGGAAAAAGAAUUCACCGUCCAGAUCAAAGACGAGGAGGGGCUGAAAUUGACCUUCCAGAAGCACCGAUUGGUCCCCAACGGGGCCCCCCAAAAGAAGAACAGUAAGAAAUUGGUGGAGCUGGAGCUGCGGUGCCUGGAGGGGCUGAGGGACCCGGGGGGGCCACAGAGCGGGGAGCCCCCCCCCCCGUACCCCGAAAAGUGGCCCCAGAAAAAGCCCUUUCUCCCCCCUCCCCCCCCCCGCAGGUUUGGACCUUUCCAAGAUGGCGGCCGCGUUCCUGGGGGGCGGGGCGAGUGCCGGAGCCCCGCCCCCGCCGUUCCUCCCCGCCCACUUCCGGCCGCAAGCCCCGCCCGCCCGCCCCCCCCGCCAAUCAGGAAGAGGAGGAGGAGGAAGCCCCGCCCCCACCGCCCCCCUUCCCACCCCUAUUGGCCGACCCCAUGCUCCCGCCCACUUCUGACUCCGACUGAGGCCACGCCCCCUCCUCCCCUCUGGCCACGCCCCCUCCCCAGCCCCGCCCACCGGGGCGUGGCCUCUCCCCUCCCCCCCCUUUUCCCUAUUUAUAUAAAUAUGUAAAAUGUGUCAUAAAGGGGGCGGGGCCUGAGGGGGGCGGGGCCUGAGGGGGGUGGGGUUUUGGGGAGGGGGCGGGGCUUGGGGAGGGGGCGGGGCCGGGUUGUUUUUUUAAUAAAAAGGAGGCGAAACCGGAGCGAAAAAGCGAAAAAAAACCCCAA